CAUAAACUGGAAGGAACGGUAUAUAGAACUGGAAAGUUCUCUUGAUAAAUUCCGGCUUCAAGCUACGAAAAUCCGGGACAUCCUGAAAAAGAAGAUGGAAGAAUUGGAGGAGCAGGUGUGGUAUGCCGAAAAGAAAGCCGAGGAAGCCGAAAAAAAAGCACAGGUGAUGGAGCAGAAGCUUGCCGAACUCAAAAGUGAAGGUUCAGGAACAGUAAUCCCUUGUUGUAACAAGACUUUCAAUAUCCAGCACAGUCAAGAGUGCAACCGUAAAAACUGCUUAAUAUCAACUUUAGAGCAACAAGUAGAAGAACAGAAAAGGUUGCGGGUUUUUGAUGCCAAACAGGUAGAAGAUAAAGCUUGCAAAAUUAAAGAGUGGGUAACAAACAAGUUAAAAGAGCUUGAAGAACAAAACCAACUUUUGCGGGAGCAGAAUCAGAAAUGUAAUGUACAGCUAGAAUUGUUGAAAGGUCAUUUGAAUCAGCUAUCUCAAAUGAAUACAAAGACUUGUCAAAAGCAAAUAAGGGACAGGGGAAGUACUGAAGAUUCUUCGCGUGGUAGUUUCGAGGACCAUGGAGAAUCGGACGACAGCUUACCUCCUCCUGAAGUUCUUGAAUACUCAGCACCACCAGUUGCUAUGAGGCAGAAAUAUCUAGAUAACUCAUUGUGUGGCAAUGAUGACCAUUGCUUUCACUGUUCCUCCCCGCUUCCUCAAGAUACAGAUCAACGUGCUUCAUCUCCCAAUUCCCUCUACGCAUCUGUUGAUUAUUCCUCCAAGAAACGUCAGCCUCACACUUGUCAAACUCGAACUGUGCCACCAAGGAUUAAGCUAGAAAGAAAAAAAUAUACUGGUGAUGUAUGCUUAACGCCAUCCACAAUCAGCACAACCUCCGAACACAGAUACUCUGAAGUGGACUGCCCAUCUUGGAAUAGAGGUUCGUCAAGAGUUGAUUCUGGCUCUGCCGACAUUGACACUCCAAAUAGUUUCCAAAGUCCUGAUUCUCCAGUUGCUGGGUAUUCGAUUGACGUUGCUAAUGAUGUGGAAAGCAGAAUUGAUAUAAUGAACCAAAGACAAUCUUUGCCGCAUGCAAUCGCUGAGAGUCAUAUCUGUCCAAAUUUACAAGCAUUAUGUACAGAAGAGGGAUGCGAUGUCCAAAGCCAAGGUGUUUUGCCUAGAAGUGGAAAUGUGCAUGGCAACCGACCUUUGACCGCUCCAAAUUCUCUUGCUUCUGGUGUAGAUGAAGUGGGACAUUUUGAAUGUGUUAAUCACAAAAAUGUGCCAGAUAAAACACUUUUGGCUUUGGAGGACUUGGCAUGUACCUUAAAUGCUUACAAAGACAAUGUUUUCUAUGACGAUGAACUUCAUGAUUAUGCUGAAAUUUAUACACCAAACAAAGAAUGUCCAGAUUUAUAUCCAGAGAUGGAAAGAUGUGAAUUGAUUCAUUCCGAGGAUGUUGUAACAAAUUCUGGAAAACCUCCAACACCACCCUUACAUCGGUUUCCUUCUUGGGAGUCAAGAAUAUAUCAAGUUGCAAUAAAUGGUAUAAAUGUUUCAUCAGAAGGUACAAAAGACUCAGAUUUUGAGUCUUCUUAUAACAAUCAAAACAAACAAGAACAGGAAGCUUGCUGCAAUCACACUGCAUUUACUGACCUAAAUAUUCCUGUAUAUGCAACAGUAAAAGGGCGUGCAUCACAAAUUAGAUCAGUUCCUUUUACUGGAGAUUCCUCAGAUUCAUCUGAUAAUGAAGACUCUAGGGUUACUAUGGCUACAACAUCAUCUCAGACGAAUAGUGGGGAUACAGAAUCAUCAGCUUCAGUAAGUGGAGGUACUGGGGAUAGUCCUGUUGAGAAAAAGUCUGUAACUAAUAAAAUGUCAUCAGUUCCUACACCACCACCUCAUGCCACCCCAUUGUUGUCAAGAUGUCAUGGUUCCACAGCAUCACCUUUAAAAUCGACGCAUCGAGAAAUGUCUACUGAAUCCGUAUUAUCUGAUGAUUAUGCUGUCCCUCCAGAUGCUGUUUCACUAGAUUGCAUCAGUACAAACUCAACAGAUUAUCAAACAAGUGUUACAAAUACCCCCACAUUUUAUCGUAAAGCUUUGAAUACAGAUGAUUCUCUCAAAAAGGAAACUUUAGAAAAGUGUGGAUAUCUUACGAAACUUGGAGGAAAAUUUAAGACAUGGAGACGAAGAUGGUUUGUGUUAAGAAAUGGAGUACUUAGUUAUUACAAAUCUCAAACUGAUAUCAAUCGAAAACCUCAAGGGCAGGUUGUUUUGGAUAAUGUUUGCAGAGUUAAUAGAGUUGAAGGUGCAGCAACUUUUGAAAUAUCUACUGGUAAAAGAAUAUAUUACCUAACAGCAGAUUCUAUUAUUGUUAUGGAAGAAUGGAUCAAAGUUUUACAAAAUGUUCUUCGGCGUAAUGCUACUCGUCUUUUGCUUUCAAAAGAAGACCAGAAACCUACAACUGAAGGUUGGUUAACUAAAGUAAAGCAUGGCCAUUCACGUCGUUGUUGGUGUGUAUUGAUAGGAAGGAUGUUUUUAUAUUUCAAAACUCCAAAUGAGUCAACACUUUUAGGACAAAUAAAUAUGCGUGAUGCAAGGGUUGAAGAAGUUUCCCAUGUUUCUGACAGUGACGAUGAAGAUCUUGACAAGAUAACAAAAUCUGAUUAUACUAUUGGAAUAUUUCCUAAUCACCAAGGACCAACUUACUUAUUGCUGGACAAUAAGCAGGAAAUGGAUUCUUGGCUGUAUCAUUUAACAGUUGUUUCUUCAGGUGAUAAUUUGGUUGGAACACAGUAUGAGCAGUUAAUUGCCAAACUAAUGGAGGUAGACGCGGACGAAGCAUGUGUAGUAUGGAGGCAUCCAUUGCUGCUGUAUUCAAAGGAUCCUAUUGCACAACCACUAACAACUCUUCCGUCCGAGCAACUUCAGUCAGAAGCAAUAAAACUAUUUAAAUCUCUUCAACUCUUUAUAUCUGUACCACUUGACACAUCAGGAAUUGAAUAUCAUGUAGCUUUAGCCCAAAAUGCCUUAUAUCAGUGCCUCCUUAACCCUGAUCUUCAAAAUGAGCUGUUUUGCCAGUUAAUUAAGCAGACAUCACGUCACUGUCAUCAAAAAAUUGGAGUUCAACAGCUUCUCAUAUGUGCCACACAAUCUCUUUUCCUUUGUGAUACUUCAUCUUCAGAGAAGGCCUCACCUACUUCCACGGGAGGUGCAGAGAAACCUCUUCCGACUGAAAGCAAGCUCAAUCCUGCUCCAUUUGUUUUCAUUCAAGCAUGGCAACUUUUGGCUAUAGCUGUCUCAUUAUUCAUCCCAAAGAAUAGAACACUUUGGUAUCUAAGAAAACAUCUACAAAGGAAUGCCAAUUCAAAAUUGGAAGCUGGAAAAUUAGCUAUAUUUUGCCAAAGAGCUUUAGAGCGUGCGUUAUCUAAUGGUGGUCGUGAAUGCAAACCAUCUCGAAUGGAAGUUCUUAGUAUUUUGCUGAAGAACCCAUAUCACCAUUCAUUACCUCAUAGCAUACCAGUACAUUUUGUAAAUGGAACUUAUCAGGUAUUUGGAUUUGAUGGUUCAACAACAGUUGUAGAAUUUACUCAGACUGUAAAUCGUGAAGUAGGCAUCAGGGACUGUGAAUAUUCUGGUUUUGCUCUAUUUAGUGAUGAUCCCAUUGAAAAGAACUUGGAGCAUUGCUUGUUUAAAGAUGCUAAACUCUGCGAUGUCAUUUCACAAUGGGAGACGGCUCUGAGAGAGAAACAUUUAGGAAAAUUUGAAAAUACUAAAGUUCUGAAGCUAACCUACAAAAACAGGCUUAUUUUGAGACAGAAUAUGAAAGCAGAAACUGAUAAAGAACGACUCCUCUUAGUGUAUCAAAUCAAUAAAGAUAUCAUGGAUGGAGAAUUUCCUCUCACUAAGGAAUUGGCAUUAGAAUUAGCAGCUCUAUUAGCCCAAAUAGAAUUUGGUGAUUACUGUAGUGAAGCAAAUCGAGGAGAACUGAACUCCAAAAAUCACCUUCAAAUAGUCCAAGCUGUUGAGAAAUUUUUUCCUAGUAAAUUUCUCAAUGCCACCAAUGAUAAAAAAAUACACGAAAAAAUAAAGGAAAAAUGGAUGGCCCUGAGAGGACGCAGCAAUUUAGACUGUAUUCGUAUUUAUCUGAAUUGUGCUAGAAAAUGGUCAUUUUGUGGUGAAAAACUCUUUCCUGCUAAGUUUAAAUCUGGAGAGCAGCAGAAUGUCUGGUUGACAGUAGCUGAAAACUGUAUUGCAGUUUUAGAUACUACUUCAAUGGAAUGCAUAUUAAAGUAUCCUUAUUGCUCUGUAAUGACAUUUGGUGGUUGUCGGGAUGAUUUCAUGCUUGUUGUCUGUUCUCGAAGUUCAUCGUCAGAUGGAGAAGGGAAUUCAACUGAGCGUCUACUUUUUUCUAUGGCUAAGCCGAAGAUAUUAGAAUUAACUCUACUAAUUGCAGAUUAUAUGAAUGCUAUCUCACAAAAUGAUGGGCAUUCUAAACGAAGUACAAAUAGUACCAUGCCACUGACUUCAAGGGGAUCCACCUCUACGACGGGACAUCUAGAAAAAAUAAAGUCUAAAAUCCGUGCCAACAAUUCUGUAUCUCAAAGCAGUAAUACAACUUUUGGAAGCAUACAACUUGAGUCAUCAUCUUCUCAAGAUCCUACAAAGUUGACCUUGUCCUAGUCAUUAUUACCGCUAAGAAUUUAAUCAUGUCCAACGUGAGAAUCCUUAAAAUAGAGCAGUAUAAAUUUGCAUAUACUUUUAUAUAGGGGCCAACAAAAGGAGUAUUUUUAAGUUGAACCUAUAGCACUCAUAUUUAUUUUUUUCUUUUUUUUAGAUAUUAGGAACUAAACCAUAUUUAAAUAAAACCCAUGGUGCUGCUUUAUGUAGUUAUGUUGUAUUUCUUUUGUGAAAAGUAUUUCACAAAAUGUACACUAUACAACUUAAAAACUGCUAUUUUUGUUAUGUGUUUUUAAAUCGUUUGUUAAUUUAUGGCACAUUAAUGAUCCAAAUCCAUAUUUAAAAUGUUGAGUGCAUGUGUAUCUGCCAUAUUACGUAUACAAUGAGGCGGCUUGACAUGAGACUUCAUGAAGAGAUUUGUACAAUGUAAAAAAUCAACUCUGUAAAUAUUGUAAAUUAUUUUUUGUAUCCUUUUGUUUUCAAACUGCUAUAUUGGAUGGAUGUACCAAGCACCAUUUUGACACUUCACAAUCAAAAUAAGAUUUUAUUACAACAUGCUCAUACUAUUACGUUGAACAAAGAAAAAUCCUUUUUCAUAAAUGACCAUGUGUCCAAUAUAUUUAUGCUGACUUUAUACACCGAAUAUGUUUUCAUUCCUUUUUUAGUUUAGCUUUAAAAGUUUUAAAAAGUUGUCCCUUUCCUCCCUGAACACAAGCUUUGCCAAUGCA